AUGUUCUCGCUGGUUCUAGCCUUUUUCCUUGUGGCUGUCGCCAAUGCGCAGCCUGGACCGAAAAUGGUCGACGAGACGACGCGGUGGAGUCAGUGCAAAGAUGUGAACCAGUCUAUUUAUGACUUUCAGAUGGAAACGUUACAAGGGCAAUUCACCGACCUAUCACAAUACAAGGGACAAGUUCUUCUGAUAAUCAAUGUUGCAACAUUCUGCGGUGAGGAAUUCAUACUAUGUUUCCUUGGCCUUGGGAGUAAUUGGGAAACUUCCGAAAGAAGUAGACUCUAUGGUUCUACAGACUUUCCUCGUCCUUAUGAAGAGAGUACGGUAUUCCGAAACAUAAGUCCGAGACCUACAAAUAGUAGACUGGCAGUUCUCACUUCAACACAAUAA